AAGAAGGUGAAAGGAUGCAGGUAGAGUCAUUCCUUUAUUCCAAGUGGAAUAAGAAACUCAUUCCUUCGAUUUUUCAAUUGUUCUCAAGAUGAUCAGCAUCCAACAAGUAAAGCCCUUCACCAAUAACAACCAUGCCUCCAACAAGAAUCUACCCCCUAAAGCCAAAGGAAAGAAAGGUUUAGUUGACAUCAUUCAAGCAGGAACCAGAAAAAUAUGGGAUAAAAAAGUUCCUGGAACUCAGAUGGAACAGUUACAGAAUGUCAUUCAAGACAAAUAUGGAGUCAAAUUUGAAAACUACAGAGAUUUUCACGAAUGGUCAAUAAAAAACUAUGCACAAUUUUGGGAGGAAGUUUGGAAUUUUUAUGGAGUGAUUCAUUCAGAGCCAUAUACUGAAGUAGCCCGACGUAAAGGAGAUUCUCUUAUCGAUAUUGAAUGGUUCAGUGGUGCAAAAUUUAAUUAUGCCGAAAACAUUCUCCGAUACAGAGAUGAUCACGUGGCUCUCAUAUGCGUCACGGAGGAUGGAGAAGAAACAAAAGUUACCUUCGCCCAAAUGUACGAAGAAGUGAGAUUAUACGCUGCUGCCUUCCGCAAAGCUGGCCUUCAAAAAGGAGACAGAGUGGCUUGUUAUAUGUCCAACAGAAAAGAAGCUGUUUACGCUAUGUUGGCAGCGACAAGUAUGGGAGCUGUGUUUGGAGGACCUUUACCAUUUUAUGGUGCUAAGGCUGUUUCUACAAUCAUGGGCAUCAUGAAACCCAAGUUUCUCAUCUCAGUUGACAGAUUUCAAUUCAACAAGGAUGAGCUGAAUAUAUUAGAGAGAUUACCCGAAAUCGUCAACGGAAAUGAAUGCAUUGAAAAAGUCAUUAUUGUUCCCACCAAAGAAAGUUCCAAAUUAAAAGACAUCAGUGCAGUUAACAACAGCUGCUUUUUGGAUGAAUUUCUCGAGGGUGGUUUAACUCCAAACGGUGAUGUCCCCGAAUUGGUCUUUGAGCAAUUCCCAUUUGACCAACCUGUCUUCAUCAAUUUCACCUCUGGCACCACUGGUUUGCCGAAAGGACUCAUCCAUUCAGCAGGAACUUUCCUUGCUCUGUUUAGAGAUUUCGGACUACAUUGCAACUUGGGCAGAGAUAAUGUCACUCUAGCUAUGCAACCAGUGGGAUGGAACUUGUGGAAUUUGUACAUUGGUAAUUUGGCACUUGGAACCACUCUUCUGUUGUAUGACGGACUGCCUACUUUCUUGUCUAAGCAUGCUUUCUGGGACAUAAUGGAUCAUUAUAAAGUGACAUUUGCUUUCCUCGUAACCAGCAUCAUUGACACAUUUGAGAAAGAGGGAUUUUUACCUGCACCUGACUGUAAGUUGGAACACUUGAAAAUGAUCGCGGUUGGUGCCAGUCCGGUGAAACUACAGAACGUGGAUUUUCUUCUUCAAAAAGUGAAACCAGAUCUAUUUGUGGGUUGUUUAUAUGGUGCAACAGAAGUAAUCGGUGUAUUUUCGGGAUUUGAUUAUAACAGCCCAGUGUACAGCUCUGAAAUUCAGUGUCCAGCAUUGGGCGUGGACAUUAAAAUAUUCGACGAGGAAGGAAACAGUAUUGUUGGGAAACCUGGUGAAUUGGUACUCGCAACUCCCACUCCUUCUCUUCCCGUUUGUGUCUGGAAUGAUGAAAAUGGUGAAAAAAUGAAAGAAACGUACUUCUCCAAAUAUCCCAACGUAUGGGCUCAAAAUGAUGAAGCAUGGAUCGAUCCUGAUACAAAUGGAAUUAUUAUAAUUGGAAGAAGUGACAACACAAUAAAGCAACAUGGAGAAAGAUUUGUUUCUGAAGAGAUUUACUGGGCCAUUCACGACAUUGAGGAGAUUGCAGACUACAUUGCUGUUGCUCAGAGCAACACAAGUGGAGAUGGCCGUUGCAUUUUAUUCAUCAAAAUGAAGAAUGGUCACAAGUUUGACCAGGCUAUGCUCAAAAAGAUAGAAGAGACCAUUCUGAAGGAACUUACCAUCUUCUACGUACCUGCUGUCAUUUUGCCUGUCAAAGACAUUCCGUAUAAUUUGAAUGGAAAGCGUAUGGAGAGCAUUGUGAAAAAAAUUGUCAAUACCAACAUCAUUCCCGAAGUCAGCAAUGUUCGAAAUCCCGAAUGCUUAAAAGAGUAUUGGAACAUACCCGAGCUUCAGAACUUCUAAAUGCAGAUCAUCUCUCAAUCAACCAAUUCGACAAAAUUUUUGUGACUGCUGACAUCAAACUAGAUUUCCAAAUAAGAAGAUAACGAGAUGUGAUGUGGUGUAAAAGUUGCUUUUAUCAUUGUAUUUAUUUUUCUUUUAACUUUGUAUAGAUUAAUGUAUCACUAUGUUUUUGUAAUAUAUUUUCGAAUAAAACAUUGAAUUUCAUUCUA